UUAUUGAGUUUGUUGUCAAGGUCGCGUUUUACAGCCUGGUACGUUUUCCAUUAAUGCUGUCUUAAGAUAUUGAAGCUCUUGACCCGGGCAUGGUCAGAAGUCUGAAGAGUGGCGGCUGGGCUUCCCAGAGCACCACCUCAGCAAUCACCAGACUAAGAAGAGCAAAGGGAUGCACCAGGCUAUCUGGAAGGAAGACAAACCUGGAGUAAUACAAUGAAAAAUCUGUUCUUAGUCUUCAUUUUGUUGAAGCUCCUUGGCUGUGCACUUGCACAGGAGCAGUGUGAGACUAACUGGAUACCCUAUGAUAACAAAUGCUACUUCUUUUCCAAGGACCCAUUACCAUGGGUCGAUGCUCAGAAUGACUGCACGUCGAAAGGUGGCAAUUUAUUAAGCAUUGGCAGCAUAGAGGAACGGGCCUGGGUCAGGUCUCACAUUGAAUCAACCGGUGUCUACUGGAUUGGCUUGAAUGACGUGGCCAGUGAAGGUCUAUGGGAAUGGUCAGACAGAUCGCCAUAUCUUGAAGAAGUACAGUAUUGGCGGCCUGGUCAGCCUGACAAUUGGCAGGAUGAUGAGGACUGUGUAGAAAUAACAGGCCCAGAUUACGGACGGUGGAAUGAUGCAUUCUGCUCCAAAAGUGACCAGUACAUUUGCAAAAAACAGACUGCAAAUCCACCCAUUGUAUGUGAUAAAGCCAAUGGAUGGGAUAACUUUGGGUCUUCCUGUUAUAAAGUCAAAGAUAACACCAAAACUUGGUUAUCUUCGCGAAGAGACUGUAUUAAUGAAGGAGGAGACUUAGUGUCCAUCGAGUCACCAAGUGAGAAUCAGUAUGUCAGUAGUAAAAUGGCGCUUGCAAGCGGUGACUUUUGGAUAGGAUAUUCAACUUUGAACUGCACUACUGUCGGCUGUGAAGUUCAAGUGAAUAAUGAACAGUUCCAUUGGUCUGAUGGAUCACCCUUUAGUUUUGAAAACUGGGCACAAGGACAGCCUGAUAAAAGCAAUAAAGAACAUGGCAUUUGCACGAGUCUUAUUAAUAGUGAAGGAAAUGAUUACGGAAAAUGGAAAUCUAAUUUCUGUCGUGAUGAGAGACCCUUCAUAUGCAAAAGGGGACUUGACACAAUUUGUCCACCUGGAUGGAUUAGCUUUAACAAGAAGUGCUACUGGUUUGUUAGCAACCCUGGCCUAUUGACUUCUUGGUAUGAGGCUCAAGAGAAGUGCUACAGAGUGGGUGCCAAUCUGGUCAUGAUCAAAAGCCAAGCAGAGCAGUAUUUCAUUGAUAGUUACUUGUCAGACUUCAUUCAGAACCAGGUACCUGACAUUUGGAUAGGUUUAUCUGAUAAAGAUGCUGAUGGGAUAUUUAAAUGGGUGGACAACACUGAAAUAACGUAUCAGAACUGGGCAGUUUCCCAUCCACACAAUACUCCAAGGGUAUGGGAUUGUGGCCAGGUUUACACAGGCAGUCUUACAGGAAAGUGGGAAACUGCUAAUUGCUUUAGAAAGCAAGGCUUUGUAUGUGAAAUAAAUGGAGGACAAAAUUUAAAACCAACUUCGAUGCCUGAUAAGUAUUGUGAUGAAGGAUAUACCCUAUUUGAGGAUUCCUGUUAUCUUUUUGAAAGUGACUUUUACAAAAGCUGGCAUGAAGCAAAACAAUACUGCAUAAGCCAUGGUGGGAAUCUAGCAAGUGUACACAAUCAGCAGACUGUAGGAUUUUUAGCAGCACACACUGCCAGAGCAUCAUGGGUAGGCCUGAAUGACAUAGAAGAAGAAGGAAAUUACGUGUGGUCGGACGGCAGUCCAAAUGAUUUCUUGGUAACGUGGGCACCUGGUCAGCCAGAUAAUUGGCAAGACGAUGAAGACUGUAUCCAACUGUACGGGGCUGACAAUAAUUCUCCAGGUUACUUCAAUGAUCAGAACUGUAAUACUGCUUACCCAUUCAUUUGUAAAAAAGGUGAAGGACAUGGACCAAGACCUACUCCACCAUCAGACGGCCCAGGCUGGACUCAGAAAUGUGGGUCCUGGGAUUCAGAUCCCAUUAAUGAUUAUUGCUACUUGUUCCAAUCCUUAUCCUUGAAGACCUGGGCUGAUGCUCGACUGGACUGCUUAAAUCAGGAAGGGGAUCUGGUGAGCAUCACUGAACCCUUUGAACAGGCCUUUGUCCAAGCAAAAGUAGUAACCAUUCCAACUGGUGUCGCUCUUUGGAUGGGCGGUCAUGAUUCAGUAAGAGAAGGAGGAUGGGAGUGGACAGAUAACUCUCCAUUUAGAUAUGUCCACUGGUCUGCAGGCAAUCCUGAUGAUUAUUUUGGUGAGGACUGUCUCAGUAUUCGAAUCAAAGAUGGAUACUGGAAUGAUGAUAACUGCGAAUACCAGCGAGGCUACAUUUGCAAACGCAGAGGUAAUGUGCCACCUCCUGAAAACCAUCCACAGGAAGGAUACACAACAAUCUACAUCUGUCAGGACACCAGCACUACACUUACAUGUCCACAGGACAGUGUCAUUCGUAUUCAGGCUGCUAUGUAUGGUAGAAAGAGCAACAAAAUCUGCUCACUUGGGCCCGGAUCAUCAGGUUCGUGCCAUGUGGAUGGAAUGCUAAAAUUGGUUCGGGCCGUCUGUGAAAAUCGGAUGGCCUGUCUGCUUUAUGCAGGGACUGAUAAUGAUCCUUGCCCAGAUGUCUCCAAAUACCUGGAAGUCGUCUAUAGCUGUGAACAGAAUGUUUGUGUUCGAGGAUUGGGAAUGGAAGAUGGAAAUAUUACAAAUGGACAGAUAUCAUCUUCCUCCUUUAAAAAUGACUAUGGUCCAGAGCAUGCCAGACUGAAGGGAAAGUCUUGCUGGAUGCCCUCAAAUUCAGAUGGAUCCUGGAUUGGUGUGGAAUUCCCUGAAGUGAAAAAGAUUACUGGGAUAGUGCUUCAAGGCUGCCCUGCUGCAGAUAAUUGGGUGACGUUAUACAAAGUCCAGAUCAGUGCUGAUGGCUCUGAGUGGGUGUAUUAUGAAGAUGAAGACAAGUCCACGAUAUUAACUGGAAAUAAUGACCGAAGUACUGCAGUGACACACUUGUUUGGUAAACCCCUUGCUGUUAAAUAUAUUCGGAUUUUACCAGAUGCCUACCACAACCAGAUUGGCCUUCGAAUGGACAUCCUGGGGUGUAAAUCAGACUAUACCAUCACUUGUGCAUCAAUCCCCGCAUUCAGCUUUGGCACUGACAGGAAAUUGUUGCAUUGCCCUGCUGGAUGUGCAAAACAACCAUAUAAUGUACACGGCACUUACAAUUAUCGUGGGGACUCAAGCGUCUGUGCUGCUGCUAUCCAUGCUGGAGUGAUCCUCAAUGAGCAUGGAGGUGAGUGCACCAUUUUGAAAGAGCCGGGGAGUUCAGAAUAUUUUGGAAGCACAAGAAAUGGCAUCACCUCAAAACAAUCCUCUGUCUACUACUCCUUUUCUUAUGUUUUUGCUGAUGGAGAAAUGAGGUGUGCAGGACCUGACUGGUAUGAAUUUGGAGAUUCAUGCUACAAACCUUUCUCAAAUAAGAAGACUUGGAUGGCAGCACUCAAAGAAUGCAGAAGUAUUGGAGCAGAUCUGGUUUCUAUCCUGUCCUUGACGGAACAAAGCUGGCUGGAAAGUUAUCUGUUCUUGGCUACCAGUGAUGUAUGGACUGGCCUGAAUGAUCUUGAAAUAUCAAACUACUUCACAUGGUCCAGUAGUGACAUAGUGAGAUUUACUUAUUGGGAUAGCGGAGAACCAAAUAACCAUAACGGGUUCAAUGAAGACUGUGUGGAAAUGCUUCAACAGAAUGGCAGGUGGAAUGAUGUGCCCUGUACAGAACUGAACAGCUAUAUUUGCAAGAAACCGAAAAAUCACUACCCUGCUCCAUCUAUUCCUCCCACUGUGUAUGGCUGCCCAGAGGGUUGGGAAGGCUAUGCCUACUCCUGCUACUGGCUAGAAGAUACCCUCAUGACUUGGCCUAAGGCAAAAGCUUACUGCCAGGAAAAGAAGAGCAGUCUGUUGCACAUCAAGGAUAUCUUUGAACAGUCGUACUUCACAGCCAGACUGUCCGACUUCUCUGGUUUCUGGUGGAUUGGUUUAAGAGCCAAGGGAAAUUCUGUGACUGGUAUUGAUUAUGAAUGGGAUAACAAAGAGCCUGUUACCUUCACACACUGGGACAGAAAUCAGCCAGAUAAUCUUGAAGGGAGCUGUGUUUCAAUGACCUCUGGGAAGGCAGGAGGAUUCUGGGAUGACCAGUCCUGCGAGUUCUCAUAUAAAUUUAUUUGUGAGUUACCACGAGAUGGGAUUUCUCCUCCUCCACCUGUUACUACUGAGGCUCCUUCUGAAAAUUGUGCGCCAGGCUGGAAAUCGCUCAAAGAAUUCAAUCAAUGCUACAGGUUUUUUUUAAAUGACCAUUCUUUGAAACGUAGCUGGCAGAGUGCACGAGAGGACUGCCUGAACAGGAGAGCAGAACUGGUCAGCAUUCACAAUGUGGAACAGCAGCUCUACUUAGCCAGCCAAACUCGUAAUAAGCACAUUUGGAUUGGGCUACAGCAUAAUUCAGUAGAAGGAGGUUACCAGUGGAGUGAUAAUUCUCCAGUUAGCUACACUAACUGGGGACCUAAUGAACCAAACAAUCAUCUGGGCAGAGAGAAUUGUGUUGAGAUGGGAAUCACUGCAAAUGGCUCCUCUUACUGGAAUGACCUCAACUGUGAUGCUAUGAGAGACUGGAUCUGCCAAAUUCCAAAGGGUCAUCAGCCCAUCACACCACCAGAUCCUCCUCCAGAUGUGCCAGCACCUGAUUGUGGCAAAAAUCCAGGAUGGCGAAAAUAUAAGGAAAUCUGUUACUAUUACAAUGACACUGACAUUACUGAUGUCUACACCGCCAUAAUGCGAUGUUAUGAAGAAGGGGCGCAACUUGUUUCUAUUGCUGAUGAAGAAGAACAGAGUUUCCUCACAGGCAUGGUUGGAAAAGGAUCGAUUGAUUAUGCAUGGAUUGGGCUGAAAGAGGACGGAAUAACCAACGGUGAAUACAGAUGGUUUGACAUGUCGCCAGUUACAUUUAUCAACUGGGCAGCAAACGAGCCUAAUGAUGCGAAUGGAGAAGAACAAUGUGUUCAAAUGAGCAGACAUGCAGGAACUUGGUAUGACAUGAACUGUGGGAAGAAAUCAGCAGGAUACAUUUGUAAAAAAUACUUGGGAAACCAUCACACGUCACCUCCGCCGACUCAGCCUUGGAGUGGAAACUGUCCAAAAGACUGGCUGCUCUUUGGAAAUAAAUGCUUCCUUUUUAAGGGAAAGCAUGAAGGCAAGGAUGAGUUUCAUGCUAACUGGUCAUACGCCCGGAAAUGGUGUGAACAACAUGAAGCAAGUCUGGCUGUCAUCCAAAACCAAUAUGAAAAUGAUUUUGUGGCCAGUUACUUAGAGGACAUCCGGUUUCCAGUGUGGAUAGGCAUGUCAGAUAUUCUUCAUGAAGGGAAGUUCACGUGGAGUGAUGGGAGUCAAGUGACAUAUACCAACUGGAACACUGGAGAGCCCAACAAUUCUGGAGAUUCAGGGGAGCAUUGUGUAAUGAUGUUUCACAGCUCUCGAGAAACAGGUCGCUGGAAUGACGGAGGAUGUGAAUCUGCUCUUGGAUUUGUGUGCUAUAAAAAGAAAUCAAGUGAUAUUCCACCUCCUCCACCAUCUAAAGACUGUCCUAGUGGUUACAUCUCCUGGAAGAAGAAUUGCUAUUUGCUUGUGGAAGAUACUGAUAAGCGGACAACUUGGCUAGAGGCUCAGAAGGCCUGUGAAAAACAGAAAGCAAACCUAGCUAGCGUCGACCACACUUAUGAGCAAGCAUUUUUGGCAGGGGCUGUGCUCCAAGGAAGGACCGAUGCAUGGAUUGGUUUAAGUCGUGAUGGAAAUGAAUCUUACAGCUGGACAGAUGGCUGGCCAGUAUUCUACACACACUGGGGUCCAGGAGAACCUACCAACUUGGCAGGAGAGGGCUGUGUGACCAUGCACAGUGCACCACUGUUCCAUGGCACCUGGAACGACACAUCAUGCAAUGCAAAGCAUGCGUAUAUCUGCAAAAUUAGCAAAGAAAAGCCUCCACCCACUCCAGCUCCAGGAGACGGCAAUUGUCGUGAUGGUUGGUACACCUAUGGCCGAUAUUGCUAUUUAAUUGUCAGUGAGAAAAAGGGCUACUCGUGGUAUCAUGCGAGGCACUAUUGCCAGGAAGGAAGAGCCGAACUUGCAUCCAUACACAGCCGAGCAGAAGUGGAGUUUUUACUGAAAGCUGAAUACAACAAGUAUCACAAUCUCUGGAUUGGCCUCUCCAAAGACAGCUCAAUGGGUUGGUCCUGGACAGACAAGUCUGCUGUCAGUUUUACUAGCUGGGCUCCUGGAGAACCCAAUGGACUACAACACUCAGGAGGAGGGAGCAGCGAAAACUGCGUUGAAAUGUACGUGCAAGAUGGAAGGUGGAAUGACAAUAACUGCGUGACAGAAAGAGGCUUCAUCUGCCGUCACCGCCAGUAUUAUCAGACAGGUGAAGAUAAUAAUAUUACUAUACCUACUGAUGCUCCUGAGAAACACCCACAACAGAACAAUGCUGGUUCAAUUGCUGGUGCAGUGAUUGGCGCGAUCAUCCUGGCCUUGGUGAUAGCUGGCGUAGCCUAUUAUCUGAUUAAAGUACGUGGUGUGAAAUUCACUGAUCUAAGGACACCAUCGACAGUAAAUCACUUUGAUAAUGCAUGUUUUAACAAUCCAAACUUUACUGGAAAUUCUGAUGCCUGACUCUCAACCUGCAACUAAAACAAGUUUGACAAACAUUAAGCUUCCAUGGCAAACUUUUUUUUUUUGCACAUUGAAGCUCUGCUCGGGGGCAGCAGCCUUGGAGACGACGGAGGGUCUGCUCUUGUGUCUAAUCACCAAUCUGCUGGAAGGACAUCGUCAUGACCCGCCUCGAGCACACACCAGACGCAGUGAUGAUUUGUUUGGCAUGGUGUUGAACUGUGCACUAAAAGCAGGUAUAAAUAUUAGAAAUCCCCACAUUUGUAUAAAGUAUUUUUACUUUUAAAUUUUAUUUUUCAGAAACAAGACAAAUAUAUAUAUAUAUGGUAAUCAUUUUACAUGUCUUUUCUGAUGAUUUUCUUUCGUAUUGAACUGUUUGCUCUCUAUGCAGCCCUCUGAUUUCACAUUGCCAAGGGCACCUCUGCUCCAAUAGAAGUUACAU